UGCCCCUGUCUUCCGGGAAGGACAAACAAGGCAAGGGGUCAGUGUCCCACUGCCCCGGACCCUCGCUCAGGCUUUAUCACUGCAGACGCUCACAGCGGCUAGAGCCAGUGUGACCACCAUGUCCUCGCUGAUGUCUUUCCUGCUGCUCUGGGGUCUCACCCUGGGCCCAGUGACAGAGGCAGCCGUGUUUUUUGACCCCCAGCCCAGCUUGUGGGCAGAGUCUGAAUCGCUGCUGGAACCCUGGGCCAAUGUGACGCUGACCUGCCAGGCCCGCCUGCCCACCCUGGAUUUCCAGCUGUUCAAGGAUGGGGUGUCCCAGGAGCUCGUGCACCUCGAUUCACCUGCCAUGGAGCACCAGUUCCUGCUGACAGGUGACACCCAGGGCCUCUACCGCUGCCGCUCGGGCUUCAGCAGUGGAUGGACCCAGCUGAGCAACCUCAUGGAGGUGACAGGGCCAAAGUCCUUGCCAAGACCCCAGCUCUCGGCAGAGCCAGUGUCCUGGAUCACACCCGGCCUGAACGCGACUCUGGUGUGCCACGGGGGGCUGCGAAGUGUGACCUUUCUGCUGAGGCGAGAAGGGGAUGAUGAGUUUCUGGAGGUAGCCAAGGCCAGGAAGCAUGUGGAGGCCACCUUCCCUGUCCACCAGGCUGGCACUUACAGUUGCAGCUACCGCAUCCAUGCAGCAGGCACCCCCUCGGAGCCCAGUGCCACCGUGACCAUCGAGGAACUCGCACCACCGCCGCCACCUGUGCUGAGACCCCAGGGAGAGUCCACCGGGGUCCUGCACCCCGGCGACAGCGCGACCCUCAUCUGCGUGGCGCCCCUGAGCGGCGUGAACUUCCAGCUGCGGCGGCGCGAGAAGGAGCUGCUGGUGCCCCAGAGCAGCACCAGCCCGGACCGCGUCUUCUUUCAUCUGAAUGCCCUGGCCCUGGGGGAUGGCGGCCCCUACACCUGCCGCUACCAGCUGCGCGACCAGCAGGCCGUCUGGUCCGGGGACAGCGCUCCGGCGGAACUGACCCUGAGCGACGAGAAGCUGCCCCCGCCCGGGCUCUCGGCAGAGCCGGCGGGUCGCAGCCCAGAGCCCGGCACGCUCGUGCGGCUGCGGUGCCAGGCGCCCCUGGUCGGCCUGCGGUUCUUCCUGGUGCGCGAGGACGAGGGCCGGAGCCGGGUGCACAGUCUGCUGAGCCCCGCGGGGACCGAAGCCCAGUUCGAGCUCCACAAUGUCUCGGUGGCCGACUCGGCCAACUACAGCUGCGUCUACGUGGACCCGGAGCCGCCGUUCUCCGGCUCGGCGCCCAGCGCGCGCGUGGAGCUGCAGGUGCACGGACCGCCUCCCAGGCCGCGGCUGCGAGCCCUGUGGCGCGGGGCGGUGACCCCAGGCCGUGAUGCCGUCCUGCGCUGCGAAGGCCACCUACCCGACGUCACCGUCGAGCUGCUGCGCGUGGGUGAGACGGAGGCUUUGGACAGGCUCUCUGCCACCCACUCCUCGAAGGACUUCGUGCUGACCUACGUGGGGCCCCAGCACGCUGGCAACUACAGCUGCCGCUACCGCUCCUGGUGGCCCAACCGCUUCGAGUCGGAGCUCAGCGACCCUGUGGAGCUCCUGGUGGCAGGACAUUGAUCCGGCUGCAGACUCAGGGUGCUGACGGUACUGUGGGAAAUACUGGGAAUGCUGACUGGCUGCUAUCCCUCUUGUUGUAGCGGGGGGCUGGAGGGCCCUCACUCAUUCCUCCUAGGAAUUAAUAAACACGAAGAAAGACUUU